CCUGUCUGUCGUCUGUCUACUGUCUAAAGGUCUCGCCAAAGCUCCAGCUGCAGACCAAAGAGUGGACUUGCUUGCGCGAGCUGCUUCUUCUUCCUCAUACUUUCUCUACACACAUGUCACUUUAGUUAGUUAGUAUCUGCGCGUAGCGUGUGACGCUCACCAAUCUACCACCCACCCUGUUCACCCAUUCACCCGUUCACCCAUCCCUUCUCUUCUGUCGCCGACACAGGUUGGAAUUCCCACCUUGAACUUGCCACUGUCCACAGUUCAAAUACUGCGUGCGUCUGAGGAUAUACCCAAUACCCAGACAGCAUGGCGCACGCCGCCCCCGUUGACAUCGCCAAUGGCAAUGGCAUUGCGCUCGGUGCACCUUCCAGCAAAAAGGUCGCCUACUUCUACGACUCGGACAUCGGCAACUUUGCCUAUGUUGCUGGCCAUCCAAUGAAGCCGCACAGAAUACGACUGGCUCACAGCUUGAUCAUGAACUACGGCGUUUACAAGAAGAUGGAAAUCUACCGAGCCAAGCCCGCCACCAGACUGGAGAUGACCCAGUUCCAUACCGACGAAUACAUCGACUUCCUGCAGAAGGUGUCCCCAGAGAACAUGGAGAGCUACCAGCGCGAGCAGACAAAGUUCAACGUGGGAGACGAUUGUCCUGUUUUCGACGGUCUCUUCGAGUUCUGCGGCAUCAGCGCUGGUGGGAGCAUGGAAGGUGCUGCACGCCUGAACCGACAGAAAUGUGACAUCGCCGUCAACUGGGCAGGUGGACUUCAUCACGCCAAGAAGAGCGAAGCUAGCGGCUUCUGCUACGUCAAUGAUAUUGUCCUGGGCAUCCUCGAGCUCCUGCGCUUCAACAAGCGCGUACUCUACAUCGAUAUCGACGUUCACCACGGAGACGGUGUGGAGGAGGCUUUCUAUACCACCGACCGCGUUAUGACUGUUUCCUUCCACAAGUACGGUGAAUACUUCCCCGGCACUGGCGAGCUCAGGGACAUCGGCAUCGGCCAAGGCAAAUACUACGCCGUCAACUUUCCACUUCGCGACGGCAUCGACGACUCCUCUUACAAGUCCAUCUUCGAGCCUGUCAUUUCCAGCGUCAUGGAGUUCUACCAGCCCGAUGCCGUCGUAUUACAAUGCGGCGGCGACAGUCUGUCCGGAGAUCGUUUGGGUUGCUUCAAUCUGAGUAUGGAGGGCCAUGCCAACUGCGUCAAAUUCGUCAAGAGUUUUAACCUCCCCACACUCGUCUUGGGUGGCGGUGGCUAUACUAUGCGUAACGUCGCUCGUACUUGGGCCUUUGAGACGGGCCUGCUAGUCGAUGCGAACAUGAACAAGACGCUGCCCUUCAAUGAAUACUACGAGUACUAUGGACCCGACUACGAGCUUGCUGUUCGCGCCUCUAACAUGGAGAAUGCGAACAGUCCCGAGUACUUGGAGAAGAUCAAGAACCAACUGGUGGAUAACCUACGACGUACGGCUCACGUGCCCUCUGUUCAAAUGCAGGAUAUCCCGCCGGAUUUCCCCCACACCAUGACGGAGGAGGAGGAAGCCGAGCUCGACGAUCUCGAUGAAGACGACAACAAGGAUAUGCGAGUCACGCAGAGGCAAUGGGAAAAGCGAAGAGAGCCCGACAACGAGUUUGAGGAGAGUGACAACGAGGAGCUUGAGAGGGCCAACGGCAUCCAACCUCAAAAUGGCGCCAGUCGCAAACGCCAGUUGAUGGACUACCAAAAGUCCGAUGCAGGCGACGAGAGCGGUGCCCCGACGCCCACCAGCGGCAACAACACAGAGACCGUUUUAAAAUCCAAGGAGGUCGAUGAGGUAAUGGAGGAUGCUCAACCUGAAAAGGAACCUGAGCCUGAGGGUAUUGCUGAACAGGAAGAGCAACUCAAGAAAGCCCAGCGAGCUUCAAGCAAGGUCGACCAAGACGGCGACAUUGACAUGGAUAGCGCGGAUGCUGAAAAGGCCCCCGAGAGUGCUGACGUGAAGUCGGAGGAUGGCAGCUCCUCUAAGCCAGGCAGUAGGGCACCAAGUGCAAAGCCAGCAGAGACGACCGUGACGGCAGAGACGACCGCGACGGCAGAGACGACUGAUGUGCCCAAGCCUGAUAACGAUGCUGCCGACGCCAUCCCUGGCGACAAGCCAGCCCAGGAUUCGGCGACGACAUCGACCGAGAAGGCAUCAGAAGCAAGUGGAGACGCUAUGGAAGUGGAUGAGACGAAGAAUGAGACGGAUGCUGCAAAAGAGGGUGACGCUGCUGAACCUGCUUCAGCGGCUCCGGCUGAGGCUUCAACAGAGGGAAAGAAUGACGACAGUGCUGCUGCAGAGUAGCUUUCGGCGAUAGACCCCCCCCUUUUGAUCCUUUCCCUAUAUACCCCCAGACCUCUCCCGGAUCAGUUAUGUUGACUGGCCAAUGUCCAGACUCACAUACCAGCUAUUAUAGGUUCCGCCCGUGUAUUCUAAGCGAGGGAACGAUUACAGGAUUGGCGUUCAGGAUCUAGCGCAAAGGCCGCGCCGCAUGUAUCAUUCUGCACG